GGGUCCGUGGCCGGAGGUCUACUCUUCCAGGGGCCCGUGGCCGGAGGUCUACUCUUCCAGGGGCCCGUGGCCGGAGGUCUACUCUUCCAGGGGCCCGUGGCCGGAGGUCUACUCUUCCAGGGGCCCGUGGCCGGAGGUCUACUCUUCCAGGGGCCCGUGGCCGGAGGUCUACUCUUCCAGGGGCCCGUGGCCGGAGGUCUACUCUUCCAGGGGCCCGUGGCCGGAGGUCUACUCUUCCAGGGGCCCGUGGCCGGAGGUCUACUCUUCCAGGGGCCCGUGGCCGGAGGUCUACUCUUCCAGGGGCCCGUGGCGGAGGUCUACUCUUCCAGGGGCCCGUGGCCGGAGGUCUACUCUUCCAGGGGCCCGUGGCCGGAGGUCUACUCUUCCAGGGGCCCGUGGCCGGAGGUCUACUCUUCCAGGGGCCCGUGGCCGGAGGUCUUCUCUUCCAGGGGCCCGUGGCCGGAGGUCUUCUCUUCCAGGGGCCCGUGGCCGGAGGUCUUCUCUUCCAGGGGCCCGUGGCCGGAGGUCUUCUCUUCCAGGGGCCCGUGGCCGGAGGUCUUCUCUUCCAGGGGCCCGUGGCCGGAGGUCUUCUCUUCCAGGGGCCCGUGGCCGGAGGUCUUCUCUUCCAGGGGCCCGUGGCCGGAGGUCUACUCUUCCAGGGGCCCGUGGCCGGAGGUCUACUCUUCCAGGGGCCCGUGGCCGGAGGUCUACUCUUCCAGGGGCCCGUGGCCGGAGGUCUACUCUUCAGGGGCCCGUGGCCGGAGGUCUACUCUUCCAGGGGCCGUGGCCGGAGGUCUACUCUUCCAGGGGCCCGUGGCCGGAGGUCUACUCUUCCAGGGGCCCGUGGCCGGAGGUCUACUCUUCCAGGGGCCCGUGGCCGGAGGUCUACUCUUCCAGGGGCCCGUGGCCGGAGGUCUACUCUUCCAGGGGCCCGUGGACGGAGGUCUACUCUUCCAGGGGCCCGUGGCCGGAGGUCUACUCUUCCAGGGGCCCGUGGCCGGAGGUCUACUCUUCCAGGGGCCCGUGGCCGGAGGUCUACUCUUCCAGGGGCCCGUGGCCGGAGGUCUACUCUUCCAGGGGCCCGUGGCCGGAGGUCUACUCUUCCAGGGGCCGUGGCCGGAGGUCUACUCUUCCAGGGGCCCGUGGCCGGAGGUCUACUCUUCCAGGGGCCCGUGGCCGGAGGUCUACUCUUCCAGGGGCCCGUGGCCGGAGGUCUACUCUUCCAGGGGCCCGUGGCCGGAGGUCUACUCUUCCAGGGGCCCGUGGCCGGAGGUCUACUCUUCCAGGGGCCCGUGGCCGGAGGUCUACUCUUCCAGGGGCCCGUGGCCGGAGGUCUACUCUUCCAGGGGCCGUGGCCGGAGGUCUACUCUUCCAGGGGCCCGUGGCCGGAGGUCUACUCUUCCAGGGGCCCGUGGCCGGAGGUCUACUCUUCCAGGGGCCCGUGGCCGGAGGUCUACUCUUACAGGGGCCCGUGGCCGGAGGUCUACUCUUCCAGGGGCCCGUGGCCGGAGGUCUACUCUUCCAGGGGCCCGUGGCCGGAGGUCUACUCUUCCAGGGGCCCGUGGCCGGAGGUCUACUCUUCCAGGGGCCCGUGGCCGGAGGUCUACUCUUCCAGGGGCCCGUGGCCGGAGGUCUACUCUUCCAGGGGCCGUGGCCGGAGGUCUACUUCCAGGGCCCGUGGCCGGAGGUCUACUUCCAGGGCCCGUGGCCGGAGGUCUACUCUUCCAGGGGCCCGUGGCCGGAGGUCUACUCUUCCAGGGGCCCGUGGCCGGAGGUCUACUCAUCCAGGGGCCCGUGGCCGGAGGUCUACUCUUCCAGGGGCCCGUGGCCGGAGGUCUACUCUUCCAGGGGCCCGUGGCCGGAGGUCUACUCUUCCAGGGGCCCGUGGCCGGAGGUCUACUCUUCCAGGAGCCGUGGCCGGAGGUGUACUUCCAGGGCCCGUGGCCGGAGGUCUACUUCCAGGGCCCGUGGCCGGAGGUCUACUUCCAGGAUCAGGUUGAGCAGCGAACAAGAUAUUUGCAUAAAAUCGUUGAAAUGAACGAAAACCUCGCAAUUAUUAUCACAGAAACCACCGAGUGCACCGACAAGUGCACUCAGCACACGAGUGCUAGUGAUCUUAGUGGUUAUAAUCCCGCCAG